CAACAUUCGGAUUAUAGAGUACAGGCAUAUCCCUUGGAUCAUACUUGUGACCAGCAUCCUCUAGCAAGUCACCCUCGACGCUCGGAGUCGGUGCUUUUCUCAGCCAAGCUGAACUUCCCAGCCUUCUCAACUUGCGACGCGUAGAGUGCCUCUAGCACGCGUCAUUCUCGCUCUUUGAACUUGUACUUCCGUCCUCCUCUGAACUCCGUACAGUACACACAUAGGCCGUUCACUUUUCUUUUCCGACUGAAGGAAAGCAAAUUCCGACGAAACAACCAUGGGCCUCAAACGUAAAGCAUCAGUCCUCGAAGAUUCUCUCUACCAAGUCCAAGAACAACAACAACAACAACAACUCAGCAGUCCUGUCGCGCCUUCGUUGACCUACUCCUCCCCUGCAUCGACAAACACAAUCUCUCCUGUGCGCGAUUCGUUACGCGGCGACGAUAACGCUGCCCCAUACAAUUUCUGGAAAAUCGAAGCAGUACCAUACCUCAGUAGCCGGACGCGAAAGCGGUACCGGGACAAUCGACCAGAGGAGGAGAUUGUUCACGAAAACACGCUGAGGAAACUAUACGACGCACAACGUCUUCAUCUCGACGACGCCCUCCCAAUAUCCGAGGUGGUGAAUCUAGACGGACAAGGCGACAUUCAAGUGGAAGAAGAAGAUGAUGUCGACAUGACGGACGGAACGGACAACCCUGGGUUGCCACGAUCUCCUCAACGGAACCAGAGGACUCUCGAGUCCUUCUUUUGUGGUGUGCAGAGUAUUGUCACUCCUCGGAACCACGACGUGCAUAGGCCGUCGAACGAUGCUUCAUUUUUACAGCCCAAACAACAACAACAACAUCACCAGUCCCAGCCCCAGCCCCAGCCCCAGCAGCAAAACAUAUUUACCAUGUGGUCUACUCAAGGCCACCAUUUCCAAUCCACGGUCCUGAUGGGAUGAAUUUGAACGCAUCUGACUCCGUACGACCAGAUCGGUUGUUGUUGAUCAUCUUGGAUCAUCAAAUAAGAGAGAGAGAAAAAAGGUACAUAUAUCUGAGAGGGAGUGUAAACGAAACGAUGAACGAUUGCAUACCGUUUUACCCGAGAGUUGUUUGCGAGUUGGAAACCGAAACAAGAACGAGAUAAAUGUCCUCGAGUACACCCAAUACAUUGAAUACCAUAAACU